AUGCGCAGUAGCCCAUUCUACGAUAUCUUGGGAGAUGAGCACAUCAAAGUCAUUUUCGAAGCUGCUCGCGCCGCCGACCCGGACGCUAAAUUAUACAUCACCGAUUACAAUCUCGAGGAUGCGACCUAUGCAGAACACAAGUUCAUGGUCGCUAAUGUGAAUGAGUGGAACGGCAAAUGGCAAGCCGGUGGAAGACCUUUGAUCGACGGGAUUGGAUCGCAAACACAUCUUGACGCAGGCAAAGCCUAUGCUGUCGAGGCAGGGCUGAAAUCUUUAGCAGCCGCUAAUGUUGCCGAGGUUGCAAUCACGGAACUGGAUAUUGCAGGUGCUAACCCGCAAGAAUACCAAGCUGUCGCACAAUACUGCUAUUGGGUGCCUCAUUGCGUAGGCGUAACCACAUGGGGUGUCCGCGACAACGAGGCCUCUGGCAAGAACACCCCUGCCCAGACACCGCUUCUUUUUGGUUCGGAUUGGGCCGCAAAGAAGGCCUACUUCGCAAUUCGAGACUACCUCCCGGAUCUACCGAAGGCGACAUGA